CUCUCAACUUGAAUCUGUAAAACAGGGAAGUCAAGUGACAUCGCAAAUUCUCAAGCACCAAGAAAAGUGGGGAAAGGUUGGUUGGUCGAUACGAAGCUAAAUAUGAGCAAGACAUAGUGGAUCUGUUAUUGCACAUUAACCGUGAAUUACGUCCAAGGCCAAGUUCCGCUAUAUCAUCUGGAUUGUUUGUGUAACUUCUGUCUGGGGCUUUGGAAGUGCUGUUUUUACCAACCUCCGAGGGAAUAUGAGUUACACAGCAACAAACCGAAGACUAGAGGCACUGUCCCUUCUAAAAUAACUGUUGACUAGAUUCAUUUGGACCACGUUUGUCAUGGGCACCACGCUGAGUGAGCCUUGCAUCUACGACAAGCUGUCGGAGAGCAUCGAUAUUCUCCGCCAGUCAGGGUAUCGCUAUGGCAUGUCAGAGAGGGAGAUCGAGAAGUUUAUCAAACAAGUCCUGGAGACCAACGAGCCUCGAAGAGACCUGCCACAAUUCCCUAUCCUUCGAGCCACUAUCAAGUUUGUGGUAGCGGUAGGCUUUCUGUUGGUGGUGGUGCUGGCCUUCACCUACCCCCAGACUCGGCCCCAGCUAGGUGUGAUGUACACGGGGGGACACAACUGGUCCUCCCCCCUCAGCCACGUCAGACUACUAGCUCUGCCCAUCGCCAAGAAGUACAACCUGCAAGGUUUCCAUGAGUGGUGGAGUGUUGGGGCUCUGCGGCAGGGCCUGGUCAACUGUUCUGGCUGUGCAGAGGUCUCCUCUGUGCUGGAGGUCCCCGAGACCCUCAGAGAGUCUGCAGCCAUGCGCAGGGGGCCACAACCUGUGCUGCUUAAGGUACGACCACCACUGCAAGGUGGGGAGUAUCUGUGCAUGCAGAGGCAGCAGCUAGAGGAGCUCUACUCAGCGCACUCGGGCUCCAUGAGUAUACUAGUGGAGAAAGACAACUUACUGUCACAUGACGAGGGUUUUCCACAGGGCCCAGCAAACUUCACCUUGCUCUGGAGGUUUACAUCUGUGGCCAGAGAGAAGGUGUUAAGGUGGCUGUUCCCCAAGGCUGAGCUAUGUCCCCUACUGGACAGCGCCGGAACAACAUUGCAGCGUUGCCUGGUCACGCAUAGUGCCAACUCUCAGAGGAGAGUGAGUCUGGCCUCUAACGAAGUCCAAAUAGACAAGCAUGGGGUGCGAGUGCUGGGCUGGCUGGUGGUAGGAGAGGGCCUGCCCACAGUUAGAGUGCUCCCGGUCCACCACUGUCAGAAACACUGCAGCUCCUUCAACCUCUGGCUGGGACCUGGAGAUAUAGUGUACGCUGACCCGCUUUACUGGCAGAUGGAGCUGUUCCCCGGCCGAGACCAAAACAUAGUUUGUGACGGCUCCACUUUCUGAGGGAGGUGAGGAACAACCGAAUGGGAGGAAGACGGAGGGAGAGAGUGAAGGGUUCUGUCAUACAGAACUCUUGAAACUCCAUUCCGGUCUUGACAUCUGCAUACUGGCUGAGAAUAUCACUUCCUGUAGAGUCCGAGUGUGAUUGGACCUUUUAACCGUCCCUUGCAGGCUAGUCCCGCCCUCCUCUAGGUAUGGGAAAGCACACUCACCACAGGCACAAUAUAGACUGAAGAAAUCUGAACACCUCUCAUCUCCCCUACCCUUCUCUGGCCUAAUAACAAACUCCUUUCUAGCCCCUACUUGUGCCUCUUUGUUGAUAUCCCUUCGCAGAUCUAAGACAACUGGAUGGUUGUAAGCAGGGAGCGACCACUCUCAGGCUUGGAGGUGUGUUUCUCGAUAAGGAAGAGGCUGGAAUGUUCUCAAAUUAGGACCGUUUGCCUCAGAGGAAAAAUGGAGAGAGUGACUGAUUUAAUUUUUUUGAACAUCAGAAGGUGUUGCCUCUGUAUUGUUCAGUUGGAAUGUUCAAGAUUGUUUUGGUUAUGUUUUUUAGUUGUGAUCAAAUCACACCGCCACAACAGGAAAAAUGGAACAGUUUUGUGGUGCUGCCCUCCCUUCUUCUACUCGCUCUUAUACCGGACCGUAUUCAUCACCUAAGUUCAACAUGUCGCUGCUAGUGUAACAAUGACAGUUGGUUAGGAGGAUGUAUGAAAUUGAUUUGUCAGUUUAGGGAAUUACAUUUGAUUACUGAAAGUGCAGAUAUUGUAUUUCAUAUAUAGUUGAUGAUGAGUGCUUGUGCCAUAAUUUCAGAAAGACUGAAAUGCUAUUUCUUAAGGUUCUUUUCACUAACUGUUUUUGUUUUGUCACUGCUUUUUCCACUGUCAUCCAGUCUCCCGCGUGAGCACUAACAAGCCAGAGUUUGUUUUAGUGAUGUCACAGUGUUUGAUGUUUUGUCACUAACGCUAUAGUCCCAGUCAGUAUUAGAUAAAACGUUGCGGCCCUGCCGCUUAUGGGGAAAACAGCCUGUAGUUACCUAGGUUACCCCAUUGGUUCACAGCCAAAACAUUUUUCAAAUGCAAUUUUCUUGUUGUUUCAACAUUGCUUUCCUUCUCACUACUACUAAAAAAAACAAAUAUUCUAGGGCUUCCCUCAUGCGCCUUUACAUGAUGGUGCGAUCAGCUGAGUGAGUGCUACCAGCUACCGACCGGAACAUUAAGCUAGCCAAGACAAACAACACAAAACAAACAAAAAAGUAGUGAGUGGCGUUACAAACGGACUAUACUAAACAAGUUAAAUGUCUUACCUAUGAUUUAAAUGUUUUCCACACACAGCUACCUUUUAGCCUACUUAGACACCAGGUCCCCGCAUCUCCCACGCCGAGAAUAGCCUGCAACACAGCAGAUUUUCUCCAUGUUUUGUUAUUUCUGUUUACCAAAAAAUGUAUAACAAAGUUGUCUCUCUUACACUGGGGGUCAAUGGGAAAUAAGUUUUGUUUUCCCCAAUUUGUGGGCAUGGUUGAGGGGAAUUCCUUAUUAUUAUGUGAAUAGCGACAUGGACUAUCGAUGUUCAGAGAUUUGAUCCGGUUCUAUUGUCAACAUAGUGUUUAUAGAGUUUUAAUCUCUCAGAAUUAACCAUUGUCACAUUAUGGCCUUAUUGUUAAGCUAUAUUUUAACAUUUUAAAUGAAUCUGUUUUUCAGCUUCCCUGUUGGAGCUGACUUCUUUUAUCAUUAUUUAUUGUUUCAAGUUCAAAUGAUGUCCAUGUACUGGAACCUAAGCUAUUAAGUGGUUGUUAUUGUUCAUCUCUUCAUGACUGGAUGUAUUGGCAUGUACUACUGCCAUAUUGCAUAAUACAUACUAUGAAUACAUCUGUUCUUUUAGUAGUACACAUGUCUAAUUCCCUGCUUUGUAUGAACUCUGAGGAUAGUGCCAAAAAUAGUCUAUUGAAGAAGUUCAAUAUUUUUUUUAUUUUUUUUUUACCAUAUCUUUUUAAAAAUAUUUAAAUGGCAUGUUAGAAGGGUCCAGACAUUUUCUUUGCGAUUUCACUUGUUUUUGGGGAACUUAUCCAAAAUAUAAUAUUAAGUUGCUGAGACAAUUUAGUGUGUACAUCUAAAGGGGUAACUUUCUGGGGUAAGUUUCUCAAAAACAAGUGAAAUAGCAAAAAAGUUUCUGGACCCUUCCAUAACAUGCCUUUUAUAAUAGGUUAUAUCACAUUAUCUGGCAUACUAUCUGUAGCUAAUAUUCUCCCUGUUUUUAUUUUCUUUUUCUGUUAGCAAGCUCAAGGCUGCUUAAUUUGGUGUCCUUCAAGCAGUCCACUGUGGGUUCUUUGUAUUGAAAACGGGGCAAUGUAUAUCACUGGCUUUAAAUGUGAUUACUUUGGUGAAAGUGGCAAUUCAACCUUUUCUUAUUGGCUUUGAACAAUAGUUUUGUAUGAUCAAAUUCCAAUGUGAGUCAAGAAUUGGACACUUGUUUUGGUUGUGUGUGCUUAAUAGGUGUCAUGGAAAUCAACACUUUAGUUUGACUAUUGUAUUUUUGAUAUCCCUUUAAAUCAUGAUGUUAUAAAAUGUGCAAUAAUUUCCAUGUUGGAUCUUAAAAUCAGAGAGCAUUAUAUCAAAUAGUUUGAUUUCAUGUACUCAUGUGUCGUCUCUGGCUUCUUUAAUGUGAUGCCAAGCUAUUAUCAAAUCGAGUAUGUGAUUGAAUUAAGCCACUCGUUAAUAACCUGGGGCACCACAGAAGAGUUUGUUUAUAUAGAGUGGCUAUCUCCCAAAUCCAUUCUUAAAUAGUGGCAAGUAGCCAAGUGGUUAAGAGUGUUGGGCCAGUAACCAAAAGGUUGCUAGAUCGAAUCCCUGAGCUAACAAGGUAAAAAUCAGUCGUUCUGCUCCUGAAUAACAUUUACAUUACAUUUAAGUCAUUUGGCAGACGCUCUUAUCCAGAAGGCUGUUAACCCACUGUUCCUAGGCCAUCAUUGUAAAUAAGAAUUUGUACUUAACUGACUUUCCUAGUUAAAUAAAGGUUAAAUAUUUUUUUUUAAAUACA